GAUAAUGUUUGCCAAAGAGGAUUGGUUCGGAAAGAUCUAAAGUUUGCGUUCUAAUAAUCCAUCAGUUGUUUUCCAGUCGCGAGCAAGUAUAGUUCAUUAGAGAGGCUUAAGGAUGAGCGAUGGAAACAGUUCGAAGAUUGCAAAGUUUUACCGGGGGUCCACGGUUCUGAUUACCGGGGCCAGUGGCUUUCUCGGUCAGGUUCUGCUGGAGAAGAUACUCCGUUCGUUGGAUGUGGGAAAGGUGUACGUUAUGAUACGUGCCAAACGGAAUUCCAGUGCCGCAGAGCGACUGCAACGGAUGAUGGAAGGGAUACUGUUUGAAAAAGUGUGGCAAGAUCCGGUUAGAUCGAAGGAAGUGAAGGGUAAAGUGAUUCCGGUGGAGAUCGAUUUGGAUAGUGAGAAUAAUUUGGUCUCGGAAGAAAUGAAAGUGCGACUGCUGGAAGAAGUCGAUGUGGUGUUCAACCUGUUGGCUUCGAUCAACUUCAACGAACCGGUGGACUGUGCGCUGCGUACGAACGUGGAAUAUACCGACCGUUUUCUCGGGCUUGUGAGUCAGAUGAAGCGACUCAAAGUGGUAGUGCAUGUAUCAACGUUUUUCUCCAAUUGUGACAAAAAUAUGAUCGAAGAACGUAUCUACGACGAUAUCGGAUUCGGCGGAUAUGCCAACGUCAUGAAUAUUGUGUCCAAGUUAAGUGAUUCGGAAAGGCAGACUAUGGAGCCUCUACUGAUCGGAGACUUCCCGAAUACGUACACGUUCAGCAAAAAAUGUGCCGAAGUGAUGGUGCGGGAAAAAUACGGUUCGUUACCGAUUGGAAUCUUUCGACCCCCGAUCGUGAGUUCUACGUAUCAGGAACCUAUCGCAGGUUGGAUCGACAACUUCAACGGCCCUUCCGGUCUGGUGGUGAUGCUUUCGGAGGGCCUCUACAGUGCCGCUCUAGUUGAUACCCGUAAACGACCGUAUCUUGUACCGGUAGAUUAUUGCGUGAACGCUCUGCUCAUCUGCGCCGUCGAUAUCUGCAAACAGCGCUCCUUGCGCUCGGACAUCCCCGUAUACAACUACACGAACCCGGAUCAGAUAUUCACCUGGGAGCGAAUCAUCGAGCGGUUCUACGAAGGACUCAAUCCGUACAAGCGACUCUUGGCCACGCUUCUGACGGCCACCGUGACGCGAAAUCCCGUACGGUAUGCCGUGUGCAAAACGGUCAUGCGAGUGGAAGGCUACAUCCUGGAUCUGCUGAGACACCUGCGUGGGCAAGAUCCGGCCAUGGGGAAAAUUUUCGAAAGGAUGAUCAGUCAGAGUGAUGUCCUCAAAUUCUUCACCUUCCACGAAUGGACCAUGCAAAACGAGAACAUGCAACGGGUGUGGAACGAUGAAGUAACGGAGCAGGAUGCGCAGGUAUUCCCACUUGAUUUGACCAAAGUCGACUGGGAUGAUUACUACAGGAAUUUCGUUCCCGGAGUGGUCAAGUAUGCCAUCGAGCCCAGGAAGGCGAAGGAUGCCGGGAAGCUGACGAACGGGAAGGUCGAGUGUAAGCGCUCGCUGUAUGCAAUUUGGAGUUUUCUGUUUCAAAGUUUGUUGAAUUUGUUGAAGAAUUUUAUGGGACAUUAGGUUUGUAAAUAUCGAAAAGAAGAAUGUAAAGGUAAUGAAAAUAUACGCCACUUGGA